AUGGCGACGCCGCUCGUCGCCGCAAAGCAGCGGAUUCGGGCCAUGAUGAAGCAGAAGCUCUCUACGCUCUCACAGGAAUCCGUGACAACUCAGAGUCGCGUGCUGUUUGAGGCCCUGAAAUCCUUUAAACCAUACAAAGAAGCGACCCGCAUAAGCAUAUUCCUCUCCAUGCCGGGUGGUGAGAUCCAGACCGAUGCCAUUGUUCGGGAUGCGCUGCAGAGCGGGAAACAAGUCUUUGUCCCAUAUCUCCACAAGACAGCCCUCGAGGCUAAGAACUCACCUACUCGAGUCAUGGAUAUGGUUCAGCUCAAAGGCCUUGCAGACUAUGAGUCACUCAAACCAGACAAAUGGGGCAUACCCAGCAUCGACCCUGCCACCGUAAACGAGCGGAAUCGGAUUCUGGGCGGGGGUGCCGAAGACGAGAAAUCCGACUUGCCGGGUUUGGACCUAAUACUGAUGCCGGGUGUGGCUUUUGACUAUGACGAGGUAACCGGUCAUAUCAGGAGGUUGGGUCACGGAAAGGGCUUCUACGACUACUUCAUCUCUCGCUACUCCAAAGUUUACGGUUUGAGGGAUGAUUCCGGAAGGCCCUCUGUGCUCCUGUAUGCGCUGGCACUCAAAGAGCAGUUUCUGAUGCAUCCUGAGGAGGAGGGAAUUCCUGUCGGUCCCCUGGAUGAACCUCCGCAUGGUGUUUUAUUGGGGGACGGCGUUAUAAAGACUUCAAAGACGGAGUUUUCAGAUCGGUGA